AUGAGAGUUUAAGCUACAUCAUUUAGAUUACCUGCUCUUAAAUUAUAACCUAAAGACUCUCAAUUUAGUCUGAGUUAUGGUGAUAAUAACUAAUCAAGUUCUUCGAUGAUAAAAUAUUAGAGUAACCCUUAAAGAUAUUAUGACCCAUCUCCUAUUAAGAAAAGAGUAAGAGGAAUGACAAUUGCUAUAUAUAAUAGCUAAGAGAAAUUAAAAACUGCAGAAUUUCGUUAUGGAAGUGAUUUAAUUACUUAAACUCAACCUCUCAACUAAAGUUCUUCAGUUGCUAAUACUGUUCGUAAAUAUAGAAGCAAACUUAAAUAAUUAAUGUACUAGCCUCCAAAAGAAGAUGGAGGAUUAUCUCGAGAUCCAAGAAUUUAUUCUUUUAAAGAGCCUACUGCUACUAUUCGAUUAGAUCGUUUAACUAAUGAUCGUGCUGAUUAAUAAUUGAAAGACAAAAUUACUUAAUUAAUGAGCAAAGUGAAGUUACUCUUAUCUACUUAACAUUUUUAUCAGGAACCGCAUCAAUAGGAGACUUUCCAAGUUACAAUGGUUCGGCUUAAAGAUGAAUAUGAUUGCUUAUAUUAAGACUUUAAUGAUUACUAUGUACAAAAUAAGAAAGUUGAUAAUUAAGUUACAUCAUUAUUUAAUCAUAUGGAAAUGAUUAAAACCCUUCUACAACCAAAAAGACCUAUAAUGACUAGAAAAGAAUCUAUUAUUACCUUUGAUGAAGUUCCUAAAGAAUCUACAAUUUCAGAACCAUCAGAAAAAAUUUAAGAAACUCCAAAAUUAUCUUAAAUAGAAGAAAUACCACUUCCAUAACCUUAAUUAACUCCAGUCAUCUCUUAUGAAGAACCUCACGAAGAAAGUGGAUUUACUCCUCUUACAUCAAUAUAACUUAAUGAAGAUUAGCCACCUAGUGAUUUAGAAAAGGAAGAUAUUAUUAAUAAUAAUAGUCCAUGUAGUCCUAAAAAGAAAAGAAUCAAAAAUAAAAGAAGUCCUUAAAAAUCUUAAAAAUCAAUUAUUUUAUAACCCUCUGUUUAAGAUCUCUCUUUAUUAGAUUUACAUCCACAAUCUUCAUAAAAAUAAUAAUUGAGUUCAAGAUCCAAAGUUCCUUUAGAAGAUAUUCCUUUAAAAUCUGUAAGAAGUACUUAAAGUGAUCAAUUACCUGAAAUAGAAAAAUAAGAUGAAACUCCAUUAUCUGAGAAAGCUCCAUUAAAAAGAUAAAUUAGUAAUCUUGGAUCUCUCAAUAAAAGAAGAAACACAGUUCUCGAAAAUAAAUAAGGGAGAAGAACUUAAAAAGGUGCUGCAGCUAUUUCUGAAUAAGAUGAUAGUUAAUCUGAAUAAGGUGAUACUUAAAAUUAAUAAAAUGAAGAGCUUACUGAAAAUUAAGAAGAAGAAUAAUCAGAAAAUUUAACUAAAAACUAUUAUUAUGAUAGCCUAUUAGAUAAGUUAAUCUAAUCUGAAAAUAUUUACAGAUUUCCAUACUAUUAAACAUGGGAAUUUCAUGAAAAUUAAAUUAUUUAGGGCAUCAUUUUUGGUGAAUUUGAUUUGUGA